AGAUGCUCUUUGUCCCAGAAGCCCAUUGUACACAGCAGAGGAAACCCUGUGCGGCAGGCAGCCAUCUUGGAUAGAUAGAUCAUUCUUGAGCCAGGAUAACCUGCAGACCUUAUCUGAGCAGCUCAAGACCACGUAGCUCAAAAUACUCCAUUCCUGAGCCACAAUGGCCACUGCACCGUACAACUACUCUUACAUUUUCAAAUACAUCAUUAUUGGGGACAUGGGGGUUGGGAAGUCAUGUUUGCUUCACCAGUUCACAGAAAAGAAAUUCAUGGCCGACUGCCCCCACACGAUUGGUGUGGAGUUUGGCACAAGAAUCAUCGAGGUGAGUGGUCAGAAGAUCAAGCUGCAGAUUUGGGACACGGCGGGACAAGAGCGCUUCAGGGCCGUCACCCGCUCCUACUACCGCGGAGCUGCCGGAGCGCUCAUGGUCUACGACAUCACCAGGAGAAGCACCUACAACCACCUCAGCAGCUGGCUGACUGAUGCUAGAAACCUCACCAACCCCAAUACUGUGAUCAUUCUCAUAGGAAACAAAGCGGAUUUGGAGGCUCAAAGAGACGUCACGUACGAGGAGGCAAAGCAGUUUGCCGAGGAGAACGGUCUGUUGUUUCUUGAAGCCAGCGCAAAGACAGGUGAAAACGUGGAGGACGCCUUCCUGGAAGCUGCUAAGAAGAUCUACCAGAACAUCCAAGAUGGCAGCCUGGACCUGAACGCCGCCGAGUCGGGGGUCCAGCACAAGCCGUCGGCCCCGCAGGGCGGGCGGCUAACCAGCGAACCACAGCCCCAGAGGGAAGGCUGCGGCUGCUAAUGACCAAGCAAAACCCCUUCACCCUCCUUUUUUUCCUCUCUCUCUCCCUGUGUCUGUCUAUCCUGCCCGCCCUCCACCAACCCCCCCCCCCCCCCCCCCCCCCAUUCAUCCAUUCCUGUACUUUCAUCCACCGUCACUGCACCAGGAGUAGUUGCAUGAGCGAAGGAAAGGGGGACAGAUAUUGACAUGGGCCAGGAUGAGCCGGGCUGUGUGGACUACAUCUCCUCUCCUCCUCUUCUCUGCCUAUGUAUCUUAUUCUGCUUAUCCUGUCUCACUCCUUUCUAAAUUCUUGUCAGUGUGUUGUCAUCCUAUAACGCCCCUCUUUUACUCCCCUCCCCUCCACUCACACUAGUCCCCUAACCCUCCUGUCGGAGUAUCCUAGACACCACCACCACCACACAUUACACGGGUUACUGACACUUUAGCUAGAUGUGACGUUCAUACAAAUAUGAUAAACCGAGACUGUUUUUUUACGUUUGGUUUUAUAGCCGUGUAUGACGUGUACGCACUGCGUUGAGUUUCGUCCGCCACUAAUUACAAAUUUCUUUACAAAUCAGGUCUAUAAUGUUCUCAUCCCAGUCUCCUGGUGCCUCUCCUGCACUUGUGGCUAAACCAAACAUUUUAUCCUGACAUGCAGGCACGAUAUCUCGCUUUAAUUUGUCACGGAAAUGACGUCGUUUAACGUACAAACACACCAGUAGCUACCACGUGUGUUCGCGUGUGUACAAGAAUGUGUAGCCAUGUGAGCUUCUUCAGCAGGAUCGAAUCCUGCUUUUUGUGGCUUAGAAUUCAGUUUCUGCUUCUUGACACAAAGCAACGUUUCUCUGCCAGAUGUGGCAACACUGAUGUUCUUAAGAGAGAGAGAGAAAACCAUUUCUAAAAGCACCUACGAUGAGAAUAUGUGGGUGAUUCCUCAGUCUCUCGUUCGAGAUAUCAUGGGAAGAAAUAUUGGAUGUUUUCCAGUCUGUGUUGUGAUUGUUGGUGAGUUUAAAAGUUGGAUGGGUGUUUGUUUUUGUUUUUUUACACCAACAAGAAAAAAACAAAUUAGGCUUUUCUGUUCUUGAUGGAAAGACUCAUUCACGUCGGUUUCUUUGCACCAGCUCUCUCCCAUUCCCUGACCACAAACCUCUCCACAGGUCAUAUCAACAGAUUCUGUCUUUACCAGCAUUGUCUUUGUCAUUGUUUGUUGCCUUACUAUAAUUGAUAUUAAUCUUUAAUCGUAAUGGAUUUGCCGCACUCGCUCGUCACCCUGCUUGUUGGACUCGACCUCGGUCUAAGUCGGCCAUUUUUACAUUUCACAGAUUAACAAUACACGACACAAGUGGUGUGUUUCAGCAUGGUCUGAGGCCCACAUCUUAAAUAUUCAGAUGUAAAAACAAACUAUUUAUUUCAUGUGUGGCUACCCUGAACCGUUCCUCUUGUGUAAUAUAACACCGAGCAGCAUGUCCCCCUCCCUCCCAACAAAACAAAUUAUCAAAAUACUUUUUUUUUUCUCUCUUUAAAAUGACAUGUUUAUUUUUUUUUUUCUGUAUCAUAGCGAUUCCCUGAUUGGACAGCUGUAUAUAUUGCUUCUUAACUAAUGGUGAUGACUUAGAACUUUAUUUGCUGGCUCUGCCAAGACUUGUACAGUUGAUGUGCUCGUGGGUUGCCUGUAAUUCAUACUUGGGAAAUUCUGUAACAUAGUUUCUAUUAAUAAAUGUAUGUAAAAGGACAAGACACCUUAACAACCCUCCCCCGACUGCACACUACUGAACCUGCCGAUUGGUUGAGGGGAGAGAAAGUGGAUCGAUAUGAUGUGCAGCCUUUUUAUUUAUGUCUGCAAACUUUUAUUCCUCUCAUUUCUGUGUGGAGUGGAGAAUGGGACACUUUUGUUUAUAUAUUUCUCACACCCUGUCAUAGAUCCUCCACAUGAGAAGGGCCUGCAUCACUGUCUUAACCUUUUGGGGGAGUGGGGAUUGGUUUGCUACUGUGGGAAGUUGGUGGGCUGGGUCUCUUUUAUCCUGUGUCCCACCUCUUUCAGUCUGAGUGACCACUUCCUGCUUUUUGUCUGUCCACAAGUACAAAAAAAAGUACAUAUGUAUAAAUUUUUAAGGAGCUGUGCUAACAUUUAAAUGCGUUCUUGCGUGUAUAUGAUUUUGAAAUGUUGACAUUUUGAUUUUAAUGAUAAAAAUACUCUAGACAAAAAUAAAUUAUACAUAACCUGUU